GCCGUCCCGCCCUGCCCGGCGCGGCGGAGCGGAGCGCGGCGCGGCGCGGAGCGGAGCGCGUGCAGGGAGGCGCGGAGCAGCGCGGAGCGGCGCGGGCAGCGGCGCCGCCUCCUCCCGCCCUCGAUGCGCGCAGCCGGGGCGCCGUGGCCGCACGCGCAGCGCCCGGAGCGCAGAGGCGCGCAGCCCGCGGCGGAGCGGCGGAGCGGCCGCCCGGCGCCGGCAGCAGCAGCAGCAGCAGCAGCAUGGAGCCCGCGGUGCUGCGCGUCCUGGUGCCGCUGCUCGGCUGCCUCCUCUCCGCGGCAUCCAGCACACUUCCGGAGUGCAGCAUCAUGCAGGAGAUUGAAGAAGAGCGCGACCAGUGCUUGGCAGAGCUUCCUGGGGAUAACCAGACUUCAGGUUGCAGAAGGCAAUGGGACAACAUUACAUGCUGGCCCAAAGCAGAAGUGGGAGAAGUUGUGGUGAGGCCGUGUCCAAAGUAUCUCAGAUUCCUCACCAAUUUUCUCGGGAAUGUGACCAGGAAUUGUACAAGCCAAGGCUGGACAGAUGUGUACCCUGCACCAUACUCCCUCGCUUGUGGAUAUGAUUCCAACAGCACUCCAGAGGAAGAGCAAACGGCCUUCUACGGCACAGUCAAGACCGGCUACACCAUUGGAUAUACCUUAUCACUCAUUGCUCUCACAGCUGCUAUGAUCAUUUUAUGUCUCUUCAGAAAACUACACUGUACUCGAAAUUAUAUUCACAUGCACCUCUUCAUGUCCUUCAUAAUGAGAGCUAUCGCAGUCUUCAUAAAAGAUGUCAUCCUUUUUGAGAGUGGAGAAUCUGAACACUGCUUUGUGAGCUCAGUCGGCUGCAAAGCCAUGAUGGUUUUCUUUCAGUACUGCGUCAUGGCCAACUUCUUCUGGCUGCUUGUAGAAGGCUUGUAUCUUCACACCCUGUUGGUCAUCUCCUUCUUUUCAGAGAGGAAGUACUUUUGGUGGUACAUCUUGAUUGGCUGGGGUGCCCCUUCUGUGUUCAUCACCGCGUGGACUGUUGUCAGGAUUUACCUUUAUGACCGUGGGUGCUGGGAGGAAAUAAUGGACUCCCCAUUCUGGUGGAUCAUUAAAACUCCUAUUUUGGUGUCUAUUUUGGUGAACUUCAUUCUCUUCAUUUGCAUUAUCCGUAUCCUAGUCCAGAAGUUGCAUUCCCCUGAUGUCGGGCACAAUGAAACCAGCCAGUAUUUGAGACUGGCCAAGUCCACCUUGCUGCUGAUCCCUCUCUUUGGCAUUCACUACAUCAUGUUUGCUUUCUUUCCUGACAAUUUCAAAGCAGAAGUUAAGCUUGUCUUUGAGCUCGUGGUUGGGUCAUUCCAGGGAUUUGUGGUGGCUGUCCUGUACUGUUUCCUCAAUGGGGAGGUCCAAGCUGAGCUCAAGCGAAAGUGGCGGAGGUGGCAUCUGGAACGGUUCCUGGGCUCAGAUAUGAAGUAUCAUCACCCUUCCUUGGGCAGCAACGGCACCAACUUCAGCACCCAGAUCUCCAUGCUGACCAAGUGCUCACCAAAGACACGCCGGUGCUCUGGCUUCCAGGCUGAAUUCUCUCUGGUGUGAUGGGGAGAGACUCUCUGAGCACUGAACAUCUGAGAGAGAAACAGGGAGAGGGAGAAGGAGCCCCAGGCAUCAGUGAUAUGAUGACAAACCCUUGUGAAAUGAAAUGCUCCACAUGAGCCAACAGAGGACACAGAACUGGAAAAGCCACUGGCAUCCAGAACAAGAUCAGACAAGACAAGAGGCAGAGAAACUUUUCUUCUCCCUCUUUUCAGACCUUUCACUCUAAGUUGAUGCCCUCGGGGGUUGAUAACUAUGAGUAAAGGUCCAAGUCACUUGAGGAGAGCCUGGGAGGACAUGUUGUGUCAUAAAUAAUGAAGUAAGGAGGGCAGAGGGAGCCUGAGACCUUGGUGGCUUUACCGGAACCAGCGUCUCUGAAACAGAUAAAUUGCACUUUUUAAAAAUGAGCCAGUCAAAGAGAGAGGGAAGCAAGAAGGGGAAAAAAUGCCAAAUGUAUGAAUGUGCCAAAAAUCCAGUUGAUAAGGGAUAGUGAUAAGGCACCGAAGAUAGAGUUGGGGCAGCAGGGAGAAGGAACAGAAAAAACAAGCAGCAAGGGGAGAGGCCAGCACAUGGCCCCUGUCCCUGCAUUUUACAUUUGCGAAGAAGAAGCUACAGCACCAGGAAGGCCCCUCAGAGGAUAUCCCCACAUUGGAGUGUCUUCUGCUAAUUGCCUGCCGUCCAUCCCAUCCUCAUUAGCAAAAGCUUUCCAAGCGCCUUGGGUGUUCCUCUUGAAAAGCAGCUUGCUGAGAAGGAACAGUGUGAAUGCCCUUCUCUGCACUAUGUUCAUGGCAUCAGAUUUUGUUUGGUUGGUUUCGAUGAACAGGAAACUCUCAAUUUGCAUGUAUAAAAUCCAGGUACGGAUGGCCAAAAGCAGAGCACAGCUGUGUUUUUCAUUUUGUUUAAGUUUGCCUAUAGAUCUUGGUGCACUACCGCACCCAGGAUCAUUAGGGAUCGGGGAAAACAACUGGUCAGUAAUUUGUUUGCACUUGCUUAACUCACACUGCCAGGAAAGGGCGAUAUAGAACCCUGUAAUCCUUAAUUGAAUCAGACCCACCAUAAGGAGCCACUCUCCAGAUGAAAAAAUUAGCUUCACAGCAGCAAGCAAAAUUGCUUUCAUCCAAACAAGGUUGGCUCAGCACGUAACUGGCACUCCAGGAGUCAGGAAGGAGUGAAGGAGCUAUUAAAUUGAUUUCUGCUUCAGCUUUUUCAAGGAGCUUUCCUCCUAUGAUGAAGGCACUGUUAAAUCUUUAAACUGUGCUUGUUCAUCUUGCCUCUUUUCUAAAGGCCUAUUAAUUUCCAUAUUGGAGCAAUCCCUAUUUGAAGAAUGUACAUAGAUGCUGUUAAGAACAAGGGAAUCUUUCUUUUUCUUUUCUUUUCUUGGCAGAGGGGGGAAAGAGUGGGGUGAAGCUCAAUUCUGUUCACAAGAGCCGGGCUGGCAGCUGGGGAGACCAAAGUUGCCUGUUCACAGCUCUGCAUGGGCAACUCAUGCUUAGAGACCCUGCUUUUGACACAAUCUCUGCAAUCCCAAACCCAGGCGGAAGACACAACGCCAGGAUGAUCGUGAUUGUUUUUGUAUGUGUGUCCUGCCCAAUUGGCUUGAAUGGGGUUACACCAGUUUUUCACCAAAGAGUGUGAAAUCACUGCCCAGCCUAAGUAUACACUUAAUAAUCAUGCUGCUGUCAUCCUAUUAUAACGUACAGGAGCAGUGUCAUCAUGACAGAAAGUCUGGAUUGUCAAAGUAAUCUGUGCACAUGGAAAGGAAGCUGGACUCUUCUUUCAGGGUUCAGCACCAAGAUGUCUUCUUUCAAAAUGAAGGGUAGCUCAUUGAAGGAAAUAUCUUUAACUUGGUGGGUUUGGGUUUUGUUCUUCGGUGGGGGGGUUUUUUUCUGUUUGUUUGUUUGUUUGCUUGUUUUAAGCAUCUGUGUUUCUCCACCAACAAACCACACAGAGCCCAGGAGAGCUGCAAAUCUGGGCAUCCAGUUUCUUUCUUGGUUCUGGGGGCUGUUGUACCAAGCCGUGGAGUUACACUUGCUACUAUCUGAGCUGCACAUUGCCGAAGUAUUUGUCCACAUGUAUGGAUUGAGGGCUGAAGACAGAAAGGACACACUCUGGAGAUACUCUGACACAACUGCAGUGAGGGGUAGACGUGCACUCAUCAGUUUUCAGUGAGCUAGUUCAGAUCCUGUCACAGUGUAGCCACGGCUACGCAGGCUGCACCUGCAAAACCUAAGAGGAUAGGUAGGCAGUCAUGCAGGUAGUCACGCUGAGCUCCAUGCUCCUGGAGUUAUAUUACUGACUGGUCCCCAAGCAGGCCAGGUGCAAGCCAUCCUAUGUUACACCGAAACCAUAUUAUUAACAGUUAGAAUCCAACAGUGACAUGUCAUGAGAUCUUCAAAAUACCCUCUUAGCAGCUCUCUAAUUCCCACAAUCCAGAGAAACCAUGAAGAUGCUUAAAAUCCCCCCACGUUGCUUGUACAGAAGCCCUUAUGUCCUGAUACCCCCCCACCCCACCCCAAACAAGGUCUACAUCUAGAUCGCAGUGAGGUUCUCAGAGGCAAGGACCCCUCUCUGUUUUCAGUGCUGGUGCUGCUCUGGUGGACACUUUCAGAACUGUAUUAGGACUCACACAGAAGGUAAUAUGGAGAAGUCCCACCAACCCCACUAGUUCUUCUCCCAUGCAUGGUUCAGAGGAGGGCUUUGACCCAACUCUGCAGUUCCCCAAGUGAAUGGCUAGCUGCUAGGAAGUCCAAAAGAUGUAAGGGAAAGGGUUCUCAGCUUCCAAUUUGUUCCACCUAGUAUAACAAGCUUCCUUUUACUGGUUUAGAGUUUGGGAGCAACGUCAGUCUGGGAAAAGUUUGAGCCAUCAGACUGCAGUCAUUCAUCUUCUUCAUCUGUUGUGGUACCUAUUUAUACACAGCUAAUGUGGUGGGCUGCAGGAAGGCACCGCCAAACCCUGUUAAUGUCUUCACUGAGGCACCUGGGAUGUGAAUUCAAAUCCCGGGUCCCAGACCCAGGAAUUUGAGCACAGGGGAAUUUGAAGGAAGCCAAGAAAGAAUUUGAGCACAGAGCUGUUGAGCGUAAGUGAAAAGGAUCAUUAGCUGUCUCCUUUUGAAAGAUGUGAGGGAAACCCUUCCCAUCUAUUUUUGGGAGCCUUACUGCAGGAGAAGGUUCAUGCCUGUGAAACCCAAGUAGAAUGAGCUACCUUGUGCAUUUUAACUUUGAGGUUCUUCAGCAUCCAUUUCACCUCCCUGGCCUUAUAACUCCAUUUGCAGGAGGACCUGCUGCUUUAUAUUUACAGCUUCUCUUUAGUUUCAGCCUUGUGCUAACCUGUGCCAGCAUCAGACAUAUGCCAAAAGCAGCAUGAGUAGGCUUGCCUUUAAGAGAUGUGACCAGGAAAAAUUAGGCGGCUUAUUUGCCCGUGCCACAAGGCUUUAUGCAGCCCCUGAUCUGCACCGCAAGGCUAUUCUGCCUGGGACCCUGAAGGUAGGAUGUGACCUAAACUGGGGGUCGCCCUUCAAAACUGCUAACUGCAUUAACGUGCCAGGAACAUGGCCUUCAGGCAACCUACUUCCAAUUACUUCAUCACUGAACAUCCAGCUGUGUUGCCAUUACACGGUCAAGGGUGUUUCAGGGAUGAGCUGAAUGUGCUGAGUAUACCUGCUGUGACAGACAUGGCAAUAUUCUUGAUGCAGGCAGUGGAAAGCUGCCAGCCCAGUCGUAUUUCAGGAGAACAGAGGAGUCAGGGAUAAAAGUCAGAGCUUUUCACUCCAGGGUUAUGAGCAAUCAAGUGACUGAAAGGUGUUUCACUGCCUGCUCUGGGAUUUGGAUCAGGCCCUCAUUUGAGUGACUCACCACAGGAAUUUGGCCUGAUAACUUGGCCUCCUUCUGAGUGUGUCCUUUAUCCAGCCCCGCAAUAAAAUAGAGUUCAAAGACCUCGCUGCAGCUGCAAACCACCACCUGAACUGCAUUGUCACAAACCAAUGCAGAACACAUGAUCCAGUGCUGAGAACUACUGCUAUUUCUCGUGAAGCACAAAUCUGUCCUCUCUCAACUCCAGUGUACAAUAGGGGUGAGUCCCGUGAAUUCAACUGAGUUACUUUGGUGCAAAAUAAGAUAAGAAGCAUACUUGGAUGUGUUAAGCUUUUAAAUAUAUUUGAGGAUCAUGAAUUUGGGCUCCAAAACUCUUUACAGAAAUCAGGCCAAAUUCUGAUCCCAGUUGCACCAAUCACUUCACUACAGUGCCUCCUGAUUUACACCAGCAUGGAACUGGAAUUUGACUUUUUGUAAGAAUUCCUUCAUCUUCAGCCUGGAACAGUUUAUUUCCUGUUUAUACCAGUGAGAGCUCAGAUUCACUUCUGUUGAUUAAUCACUCUAGAUUUCAGUGAUUAAACUAUUAAGGAAUAAUUAUUAAGUAGGGAACAAUCAAAACACAAAAGUUAAAUUAUUUUCUCCAUAUCCAGAGGUACCUGGUUCAAUGCCAUCAUUAGACUGCAAGUAUUUCUACUCAGCUGUGACCUACAUGGCUUUGUGGCCCCCUCAUAAGCAGUAAGAAAUGAGAAUAUGGCCAUAUUUAGGGUUUAAAGAGGAGCUGUAAAGAAAUGGUAGGCUGUGGCAGAAUUUCAGGCCAUUAACCAUAUCUGCUUUUUAAAAAGAGCACCAUUCUGCAGCAGUAUCGUUACUGCAAUUUUGGGAAGAAAAAGGGAGCCCAGAAAAGCACAGGAGACCAAACAUCUGAUAUUUCUUUCUUCUUCUUUUUUUUUUUUUUUUUUUUUUUUUUUUUUUUUGUCUAGGAAACAGUUAUAUUUUUCACAAAGAAGGUAUUAUUGGAGAAAACUGUUUUUUUAUAUUAAUUAGUCAGUCAAUUUACUUCCAUCUCCAUAUCCCACCUUGUUCCAGUUCAGCUCAGAUGCGAUGAGGCAGUGUGGUGUAUGUGUCACACAGCUAUGCGAGGAAGGGAUUAACACCAAAUCUCUGCUCCAAUCUCGUGGAAAUACUUUGAGAGAGAGAGAUGUACCUGCUGACUAAUAAAAGACUGCCUAUUAGUGUUUUAAAAAGCAAAAUGAAAUUGCAAAUAAAGCUCAGGGAUGACUUUU